AUGACCGCCCACACAAAGACCCACAAUCUCCCCGCCGCCGCCAAACCUACCCACACUGGCAGCAAAGCGCCCUCCUCGCCUCCUGCCUACUACUCCCACUACUCCCGCUCCUCAUGCACGCCCUUCAAAUCGACCUUCGGCUCCGGCUCCGUCGGGUCCAAGGGCUCUUCCAGCUCCUCUGAACCCUUCGUGGCCGUGAGUCCGGACGGGUCGUGGGCGCUAGGUUCGGGUGGGUUGGAGCUGUAUAUGGAGAAGCCGAAGGGGGAUGUGAAGACGGAGGGCGGGAUCAAUGAUGUUGUGGCGGAUGGGGCGACUGUGAAUUCUACAUUUACGAUGCUGUAUGGGAAGGUCACGUUCGAGGUUCAGUCGCCUAAGGUCGCAGGCAUGGUCACCGCCGUUAUCCUCAUCGCUGACGAACACGACGAGAUCGACGUCGAACUCGUCGGCGGCGACGCCUCGCACUGGCAAUCCAACAUCUACGCCCCCGCGCCGACGGACACCGAACCGCUCUGGGGCGUCUUCGGCCAGGUCGAGGACUACACGGACGGGUCGGUGGGCGAGAUGCACUCGUAUACGAUCGAUUGGACGGAGGACAGGAUCGUAUGGAGUGUGGAUGGGAAGGCGGUCAGGACGAUCAAGCCGGAUGAGACGAUGAAGAAUGGCGGGAUGCAUUAUCCCCAACAUGCCGCGAAGAUCCAGCUUGGGAUUUGGGACGCGAGUAAUCCGCUAGGGACGUCGCAGUGGGCGAAGGGACCUAUCGAUUGGAAUAAGGCUCCUGCGAAGAUGACGGCGGUUGUGAAAAGCAUCACUGUCGAGUGUGCUUGA